AUUAAAAUGGACCCAGUAGAAUUUAAAGAAUUUGCCAAAGCAGUAAUUGAUAAAAUUGUGGAUUACGAGGAGAAUUUGAGAGAUAGAAAAGUUAUUCCUGAUGUAGAACCAGGGUAUUUGAGUAAACUAGUUCCUAAAGAAGCUCCAGAGAAAGGAGAAUCAUGGAAGGAGGUUUUUGAUGACAUCGAACGGGUCAUACUGCCAGGAGCAAUGCAUUGGAAGUCACCUAACUUUCAUGCCUACUUUCCGAGUCCAAACUCUUACCCAUCGGUAGUGGGGGAAUUACUGAGCGCUGGAAUAGGAGGGAUCGGCUUCUCAUGGUUAUCAUCGCCAGUAAUGACCGAACUAGAAGUUGUUACGAUGAAUUGGCUCGGAAAGAUGCUAGGACUUCCAGAAGAAUUUUUGAACUGUAGUCAAGGACCUGGUGGCGGAGUCAUACAAGGAUCUGCGAGCGAAGCAACUUUAAUUGGUUUAUUGACGGCCAAAGAACUUACGGUAAGACGUAUUAAGAAAGAAAACCCGGACAUGGACGAAGCAAUGAUAAAGACUAAAUUAGUGGCCUAUACUUCGAAUCAAUCGAACUCUUCAGUUGAAAAGGCAGGGCUUCUUGGGUCAAUGCCAAUGCGACUGUUACCUGUAGAUGAGAAUUGCAGUCUUCGCGGCGCGACUCUGAUGGAAGCGAUUGAAAAAGAUCGAAAAGCUGGAUUGAUUCCUUGUUAUGUUGUCGCGACUUUGGGAACUACUGGUACCUGCGCGUUUGAUAAUUUAGAGGAACUUGGGCCAAUUUGCAAUGAAAAUAAUAUGUGGCUUCAUAUUGAUGCUGCUUACGCGGGUUCAGCCUUAAUAUGUCCUGAGUACAGAUACUUAAUGCCAGGUAUCAAAUACGCUGAUUCUUUCAAUUUCAGUCCUCACAAAUGGCUUCUCACCAAUUUCGAUUGCUCUGUACUCUGGGUAAAAAACUCGAGAAGCCUCAUUGAAGCUUUUACUAUUGAACGAAUAUAUCUAGCACACGAUUUUAUAAGCUCGAGUCCAGAUUAUCGCCAUUGGCAAAUUCCACUGGGAAGACGUUUUCGUUCACUAAAACUCUGGUUCGUUUUGCGAAUCUACGGAGUUUCAGGUCUUCAAAAAUAUAUUCGCGAUUCAAUAAAUCUCGCGAAAAUAUUUGAAUUACAAGUAAAAUCUGACAACAGAUUUGAAAUUGUCACUGAGCGGACACUCGGUCUCGUUUGUUUCCGAAUGAAGGGGGAAAAUUCACUUACGCGUAAUCUAUACGAUUGUUUAUUGAAGAGAAAACUUAUUUUUUUGACUCCUGCUACCUAUCAAGACAAACUAAUUCUUCGAUUUGCCACCUGCGGUCGUCUAAGUGUUCAAGAAGACAUUGAAUUUGCUUGGAAUGAAAUCACAACGGCUGCUGAAAUUGCCAAUUGCCUAACUCUCAAAAGUGAUCUGUAA